CAAUAGUGAUCUCCAAGACGCACAUCAGUGAUGGCGAACGCGAGCGAUCCGCCGCAGUUGUGGGUUCUCGAAAGUCGACUGCGAGUCCGCCGGCGCCGUGUGCCUUCUUCCUCGUCUUUCCACUGUUCCGCAUCCCAUCCGCCUGCUGCUCUGCUGCCUGCUGCCUGAAAAGAAUACAAGACACCGAAUACCGCAUAAUGGAAGUCUCGCCGUCCACGCUCGAGUUCUCUGGGCCCUUUUCGCAGUCCAUCACCAGGCUCGUCACUCUGAGGAAUAAAACCGCCGAGCCGCUGGCGUAUAAGGUCAAGACGACCGCGCCGAAGCUGUACUGUGUCCGUCCGAAUGCGUCCCGCGUCGACCCUGGCGAGACCGUCGAGGUCCAGAUCAUCCUGCAGGGCCUCAAGUUUGAGCCCGGUCCGGAUUACAAAUGCAAGGACAAGUUCCUUGUUCAAAGCGUGCCCAUCGCAGCAGAGCUGGAGACCCUGUCGAUCCAUGAUCUCUGGUCUACCGUCGAGAAAACGUCAAAGGAAAAGAUAGCAGACGCAAAGAUCCGCGUGGCCUACAAAUCCGGCACCACCUCGACCUCGCCCGACACCCCCGCGACCCCCGCCGCCGCCGCCGCCGCCGCCGUCGGCUCGUCGUUCUCGACCCCGUCCGCGCCGGAGUCGACAAGCAGCACAAGCAAGAGCAUCAACAGCACGACCGUCGUCGACGAGAAAAUCGCCGAUCUCAACAGCGAGCUGAAGAAAGCUGUGCCGGGCGACUCGGUCGCGGGCGCGACGGAGAAAUCCGCUCCGGCUGGUGGCGCGGUCGAGCAGCGGAGUGGUGGAGGACAGGGCGUGCCGAUUCCGGUUGCGAUGGUGCUCUGUCUUAUCGCGUUCUUGCUUGCCUGGUUGUUUUUCUAAGCAUGUCUACUGAGAUAACUCUCAGUCUAGCUUUCUUUAUUAUAUCACAAAGCAGAUCACCCAGUUCUGUAAACAACAAGUUGCUUUUCUUUUUCCCUUUUUUUUGUUUUUGUUGUUCCGUCAUAAAGUCACAAACGUGUCCGUGUGUGUGUAUUUGUAUAUGCGAGCGAGCGAGAGGUAGAAGCGUGCGUGUGUUUUGUUAUUAUUUGU